UUUCUCAGUUCAAAAUUGUCAUGGCCCGUCAGAAUCGCACCGGAAUAUUUGUAAAUACGUAAAAGUACGUGGUUGCGUGGUUACACUGCAAUAUUAUCUAAUAUUGUUUGUAUAUUUUGUUCCAAAUUAUGUUAGACAAUGUUUCAGGACGAAGAUAUAGAAGAUUUAGUAGGCGAUGUGAAAUACACAGACUCGCAGAAAAGUGUAGCCACGACAAACAUGUACUCAAUGGACUUCGACAGCAGUUCAGACAAAAACAACUCUUCAGGCAAGGAGACGUACGUCAUAGAAUGUGAUGAUAGCGAAGACAGUGAGACUUAUCUUCUACACAGCAACAGGAGUGUUGUCAACUUGUUUGAAAGAGAACACCACACAGCACAAAAUGUAGAUGUAUUAGUAAAGACUAAGAAACCAUAUAAAAGACACAAAACUGCAUCCACAAGCGUACACAAAUGCCUGUUUGUAGCUCAAGAAAUAUUUACACAAACAAGCAAAACUAUCAUAGAACUUGCCGAAAUAGAAACAUUAAGUAAAGUCGAAAGGAAAUCUCUGGAGACACAAACCUCGCUGAUAUCAAUCAAGGAAUGCAAAAUAGUUGAACAGUCAUUGGAACUGACCAACUCUGUAUCUCAUUGUAAUGUAAUUAAACAUGAUUUUGACGUAAACAAUACUAAAAGAUGUGUAGUAACUUGUGAUCAACUCCUGAACGGUUCUCUGGAGGAUGGCUCUUCUAAAUUUCUAACAUCAGAGCCAGAAAAUUCCGCUGCCAGCGAUGAUUCAGAUAGAAUAAUUAACAUUAUAGAUGACGAAUCAAAGGAUAACGAAUUAAGCGAAGAACAGAUAGCGAAUCGAUAUGAAAACACGAGUGAUUUUGAAGACACUAACUCAGAUAUAGAACAAGAUUCGUUAAUGGAAUGUUGUCAAUUAAAACCAAUUUCAGACAACCAAAGUGAUAGUAGUGAAGUAACGAAAUCAGUAGACCAUGAUAUCGAAGAUCUAUAUACGAAAUUAUCAGAAAGUAUCGAUUUAUAUCCCUUUGAUAAAACUUCUGAGGAAGGUAAAAGAAAAAUAGGCACUUUAACACCUCUAACUGAGGAAUCAACAAUGAAAAAGGAUAGUGUAGACACCUUUUCGUAUAAGAACAACUUCAAUUCACUAGAGAAAGAUGUACCUUUUACAAAUAAUCAAGGAUUGAGGAUAAAAUUACUUCCGAAUGAAGAUAUCGAUAAAAGUACAUUCAAACUACCUCCGAUACAAAAUAACAAGUCUUGUCCAAACAGUCCGCAUCUUAAUUUCUUGUUCUCACUAAACGCGUCGUCAAAACAUUCAGAGAGAGCAGGUGCUUUACCAACAGUCGUGGAAGAUCAGAAUCAAAGACGAUGCAUGGGAGACAGGUGGGAGAUAGGAAAUAAGGAGCUUGCUUCAGGGGAAGGUGCACUUAUCAAUGGAAACUCCGACUCUAUGCACUUCAGUCCAGAAUAUCUCCAGUUACCUCCUAUUCACAUCGAAGGCCAUGUCGUCCACAAUGCACGGACGAGUUCAUUUCUAAAUGAUAGAGUGGACGCACAUGCUGUGGACACCUACAGUGAUUCCAUAUCCAUUAAGAACAAAAUACGUGAAUUGAAAAUGAGCAGACAUGCGAAGAAGAAUAUACCUACUCCUCGAAGUCGCAGCAUGUCACCGAUCUCCAUUUGUCAUGAAGGCAGCAGGAUUAGCGACGUGGCGGAAAAAAGCUGCGAAGCUUUGUGCGCGGAACUGUCCAGGAGAUUACGGUCAACGUCUUGGACUCAAAUCGCAGAUACAUUAGAAGAUGUUCCGAGAUCAUUGGAUAAGUUUUGGGGCAUUAUAAGCGAACAGAGGAUUGCGGAUUUGAUUAGAUUGGUGAGUGCUCACGUGGAGUCUCCUAGGACACAAGUUUCCCGAAGCGCUUGUCAUACGCUGGCGUCCAUUUUGAAAAACACUAACUAUACGAAAAAACCGGAUUUCCACGAAGCGGUGACGAUCCUCCUGACCAAGACCGGUAGCUACAGUAGGCCGGUGCGCCGUGCUGCCAACGUCGCUCUGGACGACAUCGUGUCAGGCGUGGAGUUCAGUCAUGCCAUCACAGCACUCUGCAUACAUGGAGCUAGCCAUAAGAGUCCUCUAGUCCGGUGUGCAUCAGCCCGACUGCUGGUAGUGUCUUGUGCACUCGCUGGCGGUGGGAGGGAACUGCUGAGGGCUCGGCCCCCCACCGCCGCUGCCGCUAGGAGGUAUGCGCUGCGCUCUCUAGCCGCGCUACUCGAAGACAAGAACACUGACACCAGGAAAUACGCCGAGCGACUUUACACGAUGUUGCGACCGCUCGGUAACUUCGAGGCUUACUAUCUCACUGAUGUGGACGUGGAGCAAGCCUCGAGGCAGAUGAAGAAAUAUGACCAGCUGUUGCUCAGCGAACCGCCCAAAGAAAGGUGACGGUAAACCGAAGAUUGCGUGUUACGUUUUAUCGGCCUAGCAUGACAAUUUUGGCAUCAAUGAUUUGAUAACUCGUGAAUUGUUUCUUUUUUAUUCUUUAACUAAUGUUAAACCCUAUAGGCCCAGGAAAUUUUUGAUAAAUUGUAUUCAAAGUGUGAACCAAAGCCUGAUACCAAUGUGGUAUAUUCCCCCCUUUUAUAACCUGGGCCAAUAUAUAUUGGCUAUAUAUAUAUAUA